AGCGCCGUGGGGAGGGGGGCGCUAAAAUGGCGGCCCCGGCAGGGGCUCCCCCUGCCCCCGCAGGCGCGGCGCCGCUGUCCCUUCACUGCCACGCAGCCGCGUUUCCUCGCGGAAGCCAUAGCCGGUAACCUCGCCGCCGCCAGCGCUUCCUGAGCCGCGCUCCGCGGCCGGCCAUGCCCCGCCGCCGCACCUCCAACACCGCCGCAGCCGGCUGAGGCCGCCCAUGGCGCGGCCGGCGGCCGCCUACGAGGCGGCGCUGCCCCCCCGGCCCGCCUGCACCUACACCAGCUGCUACUGCGAAGAAAAUGUUUGGAAACUCUGCGAGUACAUCAGAAGCCGGGACCAAUACCCUCUGGAGGAGUUUUACGCUGUUUUCAUAUCCAAUGACAGGAGGAUGAUUCCCCUAUGGAAGCAGAAAUUGGGACAUGGAGAAGAGCCUGUUGUCUGGGACUACCAUGUUAUUUUGCUUCAUGCCUCAAGUGGAGAGCAGAACUUCAUUUAUGAUCUUGACACGGUGUUGCCAUUUCCAUGCCCCUUUGACGUGUAUAGUGUGGAGGCCUUUAGGCUGGAUGAUAGCCUUCACCCAAAAUUUCGAAGGAAAAUCAGAAUGAUUCGAGCAGAUUUGUACUUGAAGACAUUUGCUUCAGACCGAUCUCAUAUGAAAGAUGCCAAUGGGAAGUGGAAAAAACCUCCUCCUUCAUACCCUUGCAUCGAAACUACAGACUCCAAGAUGAAUUUGGAUGAUUUCAUCAGUAUGAAUCCCGAAGUAGGAUGGGGCUCAGUGUUCCCUCUGUCAGACUUUGUGCAUCGAUUUGGUGGAAUGACUGAUUACAAUGGUUCCUUGAAAGGACAGUGAAGUAAACAAAGUUGUUCUCCCUGCUUUUCUUUUACAUGAAUGUCUUUUGUUUUGCUGAUACUACACUGUAUUUGUCAAUGGUUUACAUUUCUUUACAUAGGAUAAGUAUUGGGCAAAUAGAAUAUCCAGUCAGAAAUAUCAUGAACUGAAUUAAAAAAAAAGUAUUUUGAUUAUGUAAGAAUAAGUGUGUUAUUAAAUCAAAUGCAGAUAUCUCGCCAUAAGCAUAGCUGCAUCUAUUGUGCUCAAAUUGAAAAAAAAAACAUUUAAAUGCUGUAAGAAAAGCUCUUGGAAAAAUACAUGUAUAAACUACUGAGCAAUGUAGCUCAGAUUGCUAAAUACCACUGCAUUUUAGAAAUGAGAUAUAGAAUAUUUUCUUUAUUUUAAAAAUUUACUCACUGAUAUAAACAGACCUGGGACAUCUGAAUUCCUCUGCUGAUGUUACCAGUUAGGCCUUACGUGGCAGGAGCCUAAAGGGCAAAUCCACAAAGGCAACGUAGUCUCAGCUUGGGAGUGUUGACUCCCAAGCACUGUGUAAAGCCAGGUAAGUAUCUAGGUUUCUGUGCUACAUAAGGGGAGAGCUAAGUGCCUGAUGUUUCAGCUCAACGGUAAUGCCAGCAGUAGCUGGAAGAUGCAGUUGCUUUUCCCUCUUAGACUGGCUACAUGUUCUCACCUGCUCCCGUGUGCCAGCGCUUGGCACUUGUAUGGCCCCGAGGUGAUCCAGGAUAGGAAGCUAAGCUGACAGAAAGAUUUUUUUUUUUUUAUUUUAUUCCCCCCUCCUGCCUUUUAGCUCCUUGAAUCAGCUCUCCAUGAGGUCAGACAGUUGCUGUUGCUGGUAGAAGGGAAUCAGCAGGAACAUAUGGUUGGGGGGAAGGGAGUGAGCAGGACUGCCCCAUAUGUGGCGACUAGCUGCUGAAUUGGCUUAGCGGUAUUACCAAGCUGCACCCUUGCAGGGAAACGCAGGAAAGCCAUCAUGUUUAUUAGGGAUUUGAAGCCUGGUUUCCACUAACUUAAAGAGUCCUAAACUUGGGAUUAUUGAAAUAAUCUAAAUGAGCUUCUCUUUUGGAGCUGUUCUAUUUUAUGUACUGUCAUAUCAUACAGAAUCACAGAAAUGUAGAAUAAUUCAGGUUGGAAGGGAACUUGAGCUGGAGGCUGGACUAGAGAUCUCCCAAAUCAGGGUCAGCUCUGAGAUCAGACCAGGCUGCUUAGGGCUUUAUCCAGUUGAGUCCUGGAAACCUUCAAGGAUGGAGACUGGAGUUUAAAGAAACAUUUGUGAUGGACUUCCGUCUUAGUGAAGAAAAGUACAGUAAUGAUUUUAAGAGUUAAAGGAUAAAAUUAUUUGUAGAUAAAUAUCUUGGAAGUUUUUA